UUUUUCCGAGAUAAAAUCCUGUUUUUCGAACUUUUUUUUUUUCUGUUUUUCCGAGAUAAAAUCCUGUUUUUCGAACUUUUUUUUUUUCUGUUUUUCCGAGAUAAAAUCCUGUUUUUCGGAGUUAAAUUUUCUCCGGAAAAGGCGUUCCCUUAAUUCUUCCUGAAGCUCUCACACGCAUGGAUUAUGGUUGCUGCUGCAUCAGACCGACAGUGCUAAAUGAUUUCGAGUUCAACGGUGUCAAUACAGAACCAGCAAUGGCUACAUCCUCAAAUACACCCCAACCACAAGAUGAAGGUCUGAGGAAAUUUCUUCAGAGUCGGGGUAUUCCUGAGGAGAAUAUUCAGAAAAUGCUGCAGGAUCGUAUUGAUACCUCAGUAGUUGAAGAAAUUGAUGAUGACACUUUGGCUGCCUACAUUCCAGCAUAUGGUGAUAGAAUUGCUACAAGGCGGUUCUGUAUGGAAAAAAAGACAACAGGUGGAGUUGAUUCAAAAAGACUGUCCAUGUUUGAAAAACUAAAAAGUAAAAUGUAUACAAAAAGCAACAAAGACAGGCAUCAAGAUUCUGAGGAAGAGCAUUCUAACAUGCAUCUAAGAAAUAACAGAAGGGCCUCAAAGAUGACAAGAAAAAUAGAGAUAGGCUGGAUAAAUGAUAAGAGACAGGUGAGAAAACGCAAUGGUGGAGGAACCAGACUUCUUGAUAUUUCCAAGACAGCCACAAAGAAAGACAUUCUGUCACAUGCUAAGGGGCUAUUUUUCCCAAAUGAGAAAUCGAUACAUGGAAUUUGGGAAGAGUUUAGUCACGAUAUUGUCGACUUUCAGGAAGCAAACCUUGAAGACAGUAUUAGUGUGAGAGAACUCUAUGAGGCACAGAAAUUUGGGGUGUUAAGAUUUUACCUUUUCACAGAGCAUCUGACCAAUAGAGAAGACAUCACAGAAAUGGGAGAGGGAGCUGAUAAACAGACCGACGAAGACAAACAACAAAAAAAGACAGCAGAGAAUGUUGAGCAGCUGAGACAGAAAACACCAGACAGUAAACAGCAAUCACACACUGUGGAAGAAGAUGGGCAAAGUACCAACAAAAUGUCAGCUCAGUCUGAGCGUGAUCUCUUGUCCACUGCUUUGCAAGAGGCUCUAGUUGGUGAUGAUGAAGAUGAGUUCCUUGAUCUUAUGGAUCGCAUGGGAGUAAGAACAGUACCAACACAAGAAAACUUGAAGGCUGUGCUUCUUCAAGUGGCCCACAAGCAAAUAAUCCAGCAACCGAAAUAUGCACUAGAUAACAUUGCAGCAGUCGCAGGGCCAACUCUCAGGAAGUUUUUCCCCAGUGUGCUUGAAAUCCAUAAGAUGUAUGAUGAUCUUAGACCAACAACGCGAAAGGUGUUAAAGCUGAUCACAGCCUCUCCAAAUACAGCAUCAGAGAACCAAACCUUAUUGGAGCCGACAGUCAAGAUCCAAACAGUGUGA